AUCAUCACCAUGGGAACGGCUGGCCCAGUCGGUGCGGUCGCAUCAGUCGCAUGCGAAACGCGGUGAUCCGUUUUUGGGACGACUGCUGGCGUUGUUGCUCGUUUUGUUAUAUCCCGUCUUUUGCUCUGCACCAGAAAGCAAGCGUAGAACACUCAAAGAUAUCCGAAUGUCUACUGACGUAUGUCCUUCGUGUGGCGCCUCUGCUGUGACCGAAGAAAGCGGCGAUGGAUUUUCACGGGUGUGCACCGCCUGCGGAGCCGUAUUGGACGCUGCUCCGCUGCGUGCGACGGGGUUCUCGGGCGGCGACGACGGCCUCUGCUUUGUGUCCUCGACGAGCAGAAACACCUUGACUCUCUGCCGCGCCAGAGGCGAGAGGGGAGCACGGUUUCAGUGCCUGCUGAGUGAAGGACUGACCGGAAACCGGCGCCUCUGCAACGAUUGGAUCAAGCAGAUGGCCACGAAAGUGAACAUGGAUUCAGUGAUGGUGCAACAGGCCUGCGACAUCUUCAACAAGAGGUUCAUUAAGCAGCCGUUCAGCCACCAGAUGGCCCUUGCGGCCGCCAGCUGCUAUCAGGUGCUGCGGGAGAAUGGCCGAACCAUAUCGCUUCCCGCCUUGGCUCAGAUGGCCCAGUGUACAGGCCCAAACCUGUUCCAGGCCAUUCGCACAGUCAGCGAGGAUACGGGCACAGGAACGAUGCCUGCCAGGCUGCAGGAUCUGCUGCCUGAAGCGGCACAGGCGAUUGACCCCUCCGAAAGGGCAAAGGUGAUGUCGCGUGCCACCGCUCUGCUGGAGCCGCUCCGGUGCUGCUGGUUCUUCGAGGGGCGGGCGCCGCGGUGCGUCGGGCCUGCGCUCAUCUUCAUUGCCUGGAAGUCGCUCGACGUCAACCAUCAAAACGUCUCGUACGCGACCUUCUGUAACAUGCACGGUUUGGGCAAGCCCACCAGCUCGCUCAUGUCCACGCUCUCUGACCUGAACAAGGUACUUGUGCAAAUGGCCAGUCAUAUCCCGUGGAUCAAAGGUAAAAAGCUGAGUGCCAACACCGUAUUGAUGUACGUGCCAGACAUAAUCCGCUACUCGGCAUCGUUAGUGAUGGAUGCCACCAGCAGUGCGGCAAGCACCAGUACAGGGCAGACGGGCGAGCAACGAUCUGCAGUCGUCUACAAAACAUUCCGGAAGGGGAGAAAAAGGACUAAGGCAGCGCACGAUUAUGCUGCUGAAGUGGCGGACUGCGACGGCAAUGAGCACAUUUCGGACUCUGAAAUUGACCUCCUCAUUCGAAAUGAGCAGGAGGUGAAGGUUAUAGAGGCAUUUCUGGAAUCUCGAAAACGAAAGAAUGCGGCGGAUGACUGACGUUUUGUUCAGCAGUAGCGUGUAGUGUCUGAGGAACGAAGAGGACGCUAGUGAAGACUGUUACAAUUGUUACAAAUGUUCUGAGCCAUGUUUGACAUGGCCUCGCGGUAGUGAUGCAAAUUGUCACGGUAGCGAGGACGUUGCAAGACCUUUGAAUCCAAAACUGGCAUUAGGUGCCAUAGAUAAUGCGUUCUCUAGGAUCUCGGAAACUAUGGAAGUAUUGACGCGUGUUGAUGAAAAUGGAAUGCAUUCGUGAAAAAAUAUUAAAUAUGUGAAGCAAAAACACAAAUGUGCAAGGCACAAUGUUAGCAUCUGAAUUCAUGCGAACAUAGAUAUCUUAAAACCUCUCUAUAUGCCCUCUAUAAGGGGGUGACCGAUCUUAAUGCUUUAGCAUUACGUUGAGCUACAAGUCCUUCACAAAGGGCAACCUUAUAUUAAAUGCUUCAGCAUCAAGGGCAUGUCCACUUCAGAACAAAACACCAUGUUGGGUGGGUGGCGCUUUUCAGUUGGUCAUUAACUUGGCUCCAGCAAACUGUGAUAAGCACUGAACUGCACUGUCGUUUUCUCUACGGCCAUCUUUUCAUGCUAUGAAUGUGUUCAGCCUUUGUUAUUGCUGUAGUGUAUGUUCCUGUUCUGAUGGCACAUUUUCACUGUCCUCCAGUCCUAGACUGGUGUUUUCAAGCUUUGUGUAUUAAAGCUGCAAUGUUUUUUUA